UGUUGCUAUAACAAAGUUGUAUUGUAUUGUUGUAAACUAUAAACCAUGACUUCUUGGUUGGAGCAAUUUUCGAGAGUGUAAUAUCAUAUCCAAUAUUACUAAGGUAGUGGAUAUUAGUAGAUGACAUUUUAUUUGUGAUCAUAUUUUUUGUUACGACAAGUGUUGGUUAAUUCAGUUUUGAGUAGUGAUAUUUCUGGAUACAGGAUGAAUAAGCGAAGUAAAGUGCGUGUGUAUGUCCGCACCAGACCAACAGACAACUUUGCUCAUGACAUGAUUGAGCUCAGUAGUGAUGAAAAGGCCGUAGUUAUUCAUGCUAAACGUGAUUCGAACCAAGGAGUUGUUAACAAUCAAGUAAUGGAUUGGUCUUUCAAGUUAGAUGGUAUCCUUCACAAUGCCUCACAAGAACAGGUGUAUGAUACUGUUGGUAAUGAAAUGGUCACAAACCUCCUGAAUGGUUACAAUGGUACACUGCUUUGUUAUGGACAAACUGGUGCUGGAAAGACGUUUACAAUGACAGGUGCCACAGAGAACUUCAGACACAGGGGUCUGAUACCAAGAGCACUUGCACAGGUUUAUCGGGAGAUUGAAGAGCGUCAAGAGAAUGCUGUCACAGUCCGAAUAUCUUACUUAGAAAUCUACAACGAGAUGAUGUUUGAUUUGCUGUCAACGUUGCCCGAUGCUAUGCAGUACGCCCCACAGAUGACCAUCUUGGAGGAUGAGUUUGGUAUCAACAUCAAAGGCCUAACACAGCACUUGGCUCACAAUGAGGAAGAGGCACUUAACCUUCUGUUUGAGGGUGAAACGAAUCGAGCAAUCGCAGCACACUCAUUGAAUCAGAUGUCUUCACGGUCUCAUUGUAUAUUCACCAUCCACGUGGAGUCUCGCUCCCGAACAGAUUCUACUGCCAAGUACAUGAAAAGUAAAUUUAACUUAGUCGAUCUUGCCGGAUCGGAGAGACUCAGCAAAACAGGGUCAGCCGGUAAGACACAGCAAGAGGCUAUGUACAUCAACAAGUCAUUAUCAUUCCUGGAGCAGACAAUCAUAGCAUUGACAGACAAGAGAAGGGAGCAUAUUCCGUACCGACAGACAAAAUUAACACACGCCCUGAAAGACUCUAUAGGUGGAAACUGUAACACCAUAAUGAUCGCAAAUAUAUGGGCCGAAAUGCUUCAGAUUGAAGAGACUGUGUCCACACUACGUUUCGCCACUAGGAUGAUGUGUGUUGCAAAUGAGCCAGCAGUUAACGAGUUCUAUGAUCCGGUUCUGCUUGUUAAGAAGCUUGAGAAGGAGAUUAAACACUUGAAGCAUGAACUAGCAAUGCAUGACACAUUGGCAAACAGAGGCCAGGUGACCUACGAACCCCUGUCAGACUCACAGCAACUUGAAAUCAAGAACCAAGUACGGCGUUACUUAGAAGGCUCCCUUGACGAAAUUGAUGUUAUCAACAUGAGGCAGAUUCACAGCGUAUUCUUAGCUUUCAGGAGCUUGGUGAACCAGAUGGAGUCUGAAGUAGAAGGAAGACUCCGAAUGAAGUAUACUCUUAUUGACAAGACGGAUCCAAACUCCAUUGCUGCCGCCCAAAAGGCUGGUGUUGUGUUCGAUGAGGAAGGUAAUGCAACUUAUGUUGGUGAAACAGAUAGUCAGAAUUUUGGCAUUGGCGUUGCUCCUGCCUCUUUAAAGCCUACGCACUCAGCAGUCGUUUCAGCCACAAAGAGAGCAAGAAGCAAGAAAGGGAAAGAAAGGGCUAGUCCUCAGCCUGGGAAAGGUGCAAGUCCAGCACCCAGUACCCAGCAGACAGAGCGCUCUACACCUCCAAGGAUACCCGUUGACACACGUGACUCAAACACAAGAGUGGAGUCUGGUUCAGCUAACGGUUCCAUACGUCCAGGGUCUGAUUCAGCUCAGCAACAACCUAGGCCUAGCACGCCACCACUACGGAUUGUGGCUUUUGAAGACUUCAAGCAGGAGAAAGGCAUUGAGAUCAAUAGGAUACUUGUAGAAAAUAAAGAAAUUCUUGCUAACAAGAAGAAGGAGUGUCGUGAGCUGGCGAAGGUAAUUAAUCUGACAAAGCAAGAAAUUGACAACACAAGAAUGACAAUUGAGAAAAUGAAAACAGACAGAAUGGAGCAGGGUGAAUUUAUGAGUGAAAAAGGAGAGACAGUAAUCAGUGAAGAAGAGUUCCAGUUAAUUAAAAAGUUAAAAGAACUGAAAUCAUCUUAUCGCAGUGACUAUGAAGAAUUACGCAACAUAAAAUCCGAAGUACAAUAUUGUCAGAAGUUGGUAGAUCAAUGCCGACAACGAUUGAUAUCAGAAUUUGAUAACUGGUACACUGAAUGCUUUUUGUCAAGUGGCGAAGAGGUGACAUCCAGUAAGCAAGCAGGAUUUGGCAUCAGACCCGGUACUCAAUACAACAAUGUGCCCGAAGAUGAAGGUGAGAAGUUUGACAGACUACAAAAAGAGUUGUUAAUGGAAAAUCCUGACUCCGCAGCCUACUACAAUGCGCGGUUGAGAACUGUUAGGAGGCACACCCUCGAGGAGGCAAUGAAUCAGACGCAGCCAAAGCACCGCUCAAAACCAUUGGGGGCACCAACACGAACAGUGCGUAACACACCGCCAAACAAGAUAACCAUGGUGCAGAAUUGAUCAACCAUAUGCAGAUUUUUUUUGUCUUUGUCAAUUCAAAUAGAAUUGAAAUCAUAUAUUUCUUCUUAGCUGGGAUAUUUUAUCUAAAGUAUAAAUUAUAAAUUAGUAAUCUUGCAAUAAUUAUGUUACUAUUAAAUCAUGUUGGGGAAACUCAUUGAAGGGGUAUUGUUAUUUUUUCAACAAUUUAAGGUAGUGAAGGCCAACUAUUUUGUUAUUCCUCUGUCAAAUCUGCAUCAUAAUCCAGUCUUUAAGCUCUGGUUUUCGUAAAACCACUACACACUGUUGACGACUGCUUUCAACAAUGCUGAUUGGUCAGUUGAAUCAAGGAGCCUUCCUAUUUGUGUCGGAACCUUUCUGCUAAGCCCCGUCCCGUGGACAUCAGGGAGCUUUCGAUUUCACGACAAUUUGACGCUAGAACGGAUUUACUCAUGCGUGAGCGUCUUGCGUUCUCUGCACAUUGUAGAUUUGGUCAAAUUCCAUCCUAGAAUCUACACGACGAGAAACGUUCUUGUAUGCGUAGAUGAAUUAUUAGUGGCGUCAUUACGUUUUACUUUCUACUGCGUCAUGCAAUUGAAAGCUUACUAUUGUUGCCAUGGUCCCACAAAAUGACAGCGUAAAAGCAUACGCACACAUGUGCGUUUGUGGAACACGUGUUUGUAGGACACAUAUUCCUAGGCCUGUUCUGAAUGGUCAGUUGUUAUUUCAGUACAGCAGCUAAGGGUCACCAUUGUGGUGAAUAAGUUUAACAGUUUUAAUGUAUUUUAAUUUUUGGUAAAGGGUCUGUUGCCUGGAUAUAUUUAAAAUUAAGAUGAAAUAUAGUUUCACUCUACAGAAAUAUCCGAGAGAAGUUUUGAUUGUUUCUUCAUUCUUGAUCAAAAUCUUCUUCUGUUGCUGUUGAGUGUAUCAAUGUGUUCCAUAUGAAUGCUUUAAAAAGUAGUGUUUACUUCAGAUAGAAAUUGUGGAAUUAAGCAUUAAAUUUAUAUUAUUAAAAUGCAAGUGUAUGGCUUCCCAAUGGAUAAAACUCAGGCAUAGAUCUCUGGAAUAAAAGGUGUUUUUAAAUUCAAAUAUGGUUAAACUUGCCUAAGUUUAAAAAAAUUUCCAAGUCGAUGCCAAAUUGUUUUCCAUUAAUUAAUUAUCUGUACGACAAACUUUAUGUAAGAUGAACAGUUUUUCAAUGCCAUUUUGGAUUCGACUUAGGCAAGUUCAACUAUAAUUAGAAUUGAUAAAUAGAAAUGUAAUUAUUUUUUUAUGCUCCAAAAAUCAAUUAUUAUUCUUACAAUCUACAUUUUUUGACAUCUUCCAUAUAUGGGCACAGGGAUCCCAAGUUGGAAGAAACCACUUCUUAGAGGUCUGUUUAAAUGAGCAUCUCAUUUUAUUUUGUGAUACCAUCAGCACUGAUGUCUGGGAGAGAUAAUAUACUGUAGUAAAAACAUGCAAAUAUCGUGAGGGAGAUUGUUUUUCUUCAGGAGAUUCUUCUUGCUUGUGGGAGUGCGGGAGACCAGCCUAAUUUCUGGGAGACUCCUGCGACUUAAGGGAGACUUGCGACUCCCAUGAUACAAUGUUUGUGGGCAGGUUGUAAUAGGCUGCGGUGACAUGACAGUAAAACAGAUGAGCAGGAUGUGCUGGAGUUGAUCUCCUUUAAAUGUUACCAUGAAUAUGUGUGAAGUUCAUAGUCUCUUUUAAAUAGUAGGUGAAUAGCAGGUGAAUCGUAAAACCUUACAUUACCUAAUUUCUGGACCACAAAAAAAAAGGAAUACCUACAUAGCUGUUACAUAUCAUCUGAUGUUUUGUAUAGAGAAAUUAAGUCAAGUUUGUGUUUGUAAAUAAUUGUAAAGUGAAUCUUUUGUAAAUGUUUAUUCCUUUAUCAAGAACUUCCUUAAGUGUCUUCUUCAUAUUGUUCUUUUGUAAAAAACCCAAAGAUGUCAAAUAUGGUGUUUGAGAUGUUUGCAAAAACAAUAAAAUAAUUGGAAAGAAA